CAACCAGAGAGGUAUAAAACUGCUGCACUCCUCUUCCAUACCGUGAUAACAAGAAACAAUGAAAAUGGGUGUUGCAGAAAUCCCACAGCUACUACUAGUUACGUUUCCAGUUGGUUUUGUUGGGUUGUAUCUCUUGCUAAUUCUCAUCAAAUUUCUUCACAAAGUAUGGUGGAAUCCGAUUCAAGUAACAAAAAUCUUAUCUUCUCAAGGAAUCAAAGGUCCUCCUUACAAAUUCCUCCAUGGAAAUACCAAAGAAAUCUUCACAAAAUUACAUGGAACUAGAAGCAAACCAAUGAAGGACUUAUCACAUCAAAUCUUCCCGUAUAUUCAACCUUUCCAACACUCGUGCAUCAAAGAUUACGGGAGGAAUUUUCUUUGUUGGAUUGGAUCAAAACCUCAAUUGUUUAUAACCGAGGUCGAAUUAGUCAAAGAGAUAUUGAACAAUAAAGAUGGGGCAUACCCAAAAUGGAAAGCAGAAGGAUAUGGGAAAAAGUUACUAGGAGACGGGCUUGUGACAGCGGAAGGAAAUAAAUGGGUUAGACAACGUAAAUUAGCUAACCAUGCUUUUCAUGCUGAGGGCUUAAAGGGAAUGGUUCCAGCCAUGAUAGCGUCUGUUGAAAUAAUGGUAGAGAAGUGGAAAGCUUAUGAAGGAAAAGAGAUAGAAGUGUUCGAUGAAUUUAGAAUCAUGACAUCCGAAGUAAUAUCAAGGACUGCUUUCGGAAGUAGUUAUGUUGAAGGAAAGAACAUUUUCGGGAUGUUGGUCAAGUUAGGUUCACUUUUAUCUGCCAAUUUUCUUAAAAUAAGGCUUCCUGUUAUCAGAAAACUUAUGCCAACGGAAGAAGACACUGAAUCAGAUAGGCUUGAAAGAGAAAUCAGAAAAUCAAUUAUAGGAUUAAUAAAGACAAGAGAAGUAAAAGUGAAGAGGGGAGAACUGGAAGGGGGAUAUGGGAAUGAUUAUCUUGGAGUGCUAGUGAAAGCCUUUCAUGAAUCUGACGACAACAAAAAGAUUUCUGUGGAUGAUAUGGUUGAUGAAUGCAAAACUUUCUAUUUUGCUGGCCAUGAAACAACAACUAGUUUACUUACAUGGACAUGUCUACUUUUAGCCAUUCAUACAGAAUGGCAAGACAAAGCAAGAAAGGAGGUCUUUGAGUUGCUUGGGGAAAACAAAAUUACUGCUGAUGACAAUUUCCUUGGGAAACUGAAAAUCAUGAAUAUGAUCAUUAAUGAAACUCUAAGGCUUUACCCACCGGUUGUUGCACUUUCAAGAAGAGUUGGAAAAAAAGUAAAUCUGGGUAACAAGAUAAUUCUUCCACCAAAUAUAGAAGUAAGCGUCUCAACCUUAGCCUUCCAGCACAAUCCAGAUAUAUGGGGAGCAGAUGUCCAUCUUUUCAAACCAGAGAGAUUUUCUAAGGGUAUCGUGAAAGCAACAAACAACAACAGCAUGGCCUUUUCUCCAUUUGGUUUGGGGCCUCGUUUUUGCGUUGGUUCAAACUUUGCUAUCACUGAAGCCAAGAUUGCUCUUGUCAUGAUUCUUCAGCGCUUCCAUUUUACACUUUCCCCUGCUUAUAUUCACUCACCAUCACAACGCAUCACUACUCGUCCUCAACAUGGACUUCAAAUCAUGUUACAUGCAUUGUAGAUGUGUAAAAUCUGGAGUGUUCUGUCUCCUAAUUUUUUACUAUGUUGAAGUUGUAUUAUUUUUACGGCAUGGAUACAGGAAAAUUAUCUACGACAUUGAGGACAUUCGUAAGUGAAGUUGCCUUUUGUUAUUUUGGCUGAGCUUCCCAUAAAUUACUGUAUUAUUACGUGGCGAUUCACUACAAAGAGGAUAUGCAAUACCUAAUCAAAUAUAAGAUGAAAUGUACUGUUGUUGAGGUUGUGUGCUUAAUCACAUUGUCGGUGUCCCUAAUUUACCGAUCAAAAAAAAAUAAUCACAUUGUCGGUGUAUUCUGUACUUGAGCUUCAGUUUUCAAUAGGAGAGGGCAAAACUUUCUAAGCCCAAGUUUGUUCA